GGUUGGGCCUCCUUUGAGCCGCCAUGCUGCUGUCUGAUUGGUGGCUCCGGUGCUCGGUGAGGUUGACCGGCUGGGGAGGUGAAACUGCCAAAGUCAGGGGAUCCUGGAUCAGCUGUUAGCUCUCGAUCCUCCCCGACAUCCACUGACAACAGCGAUCGUCAAUACGAGCAACCUUCUUAUGAAGAUUAAAGUCAGAGGCACAGCAGCUUCUCGUCGUUUUCAGGCAGCAUGAACUCCCUCCCAGGAAGAGCCGCACUGUCUCUGUGCAGGCGCACGGCAGCGGGCGAGAUGAGGGUCUUCGCCGGUUCCCCGGGUCACCCUGCUGGGUGCAUGCCGGCCCCUCUCCAGGCUGUGCGGGUCUGCCACUCCGGCACGAGCCGCAAGGGCAGCGUCAGCACCAAGAAGCGUGGCUAUGACAUCACCAGAAACCCACACCUCAACAAGGGAAUGGCCUUCACCCUGGAGGAGCGCUUACAACUGGGCAUUCACGGCCUGCUGCCCCCCUGCUUCCUCUCCCAGGAUGUGCAAGUGCUGCGUGUCAUGAAGAGCUAUGAAAUACGCACCAAUCCUCUGGACAAGUACAUCCUGCUGAUGACGCUGCAGGACAGGAACGAGAAGUUGUUCUACCGUUUGCUGACUUCAGACAUCGAGGAGUUCAUGCCCAUCGUGUACACUCCCACUGUCGGCCUGGCCUGUCAACAGUAUGGACUAGCCUUCAGGAGACCACGAGGACUCUUCAUCACCAUCCAUGACAGAGGCCACAUCGCCACCAUGCUCAACUCCUGGCCUGAGGAAGACAUAAAGGCCAUUGUGGUGACAGAUGGGGAGCGUAUCCUCGGCCUGGGUGACCUGGGAAGUUACGGUAUGGGCAUUCCUGUCGGGAAGCUGGCGCUCUACACAGCCUGUGGUGGUGUUCGGCCGCAGCAGUGUCUCCCCGUGCUGCUGGAUGUCGGCACCGACAACCAGGCGCUGCUCGAUGACCCCCUGUACAUUGGAGUGAAGCACAAGAGAAUCAGAGGGAAGGAGUACGACGAGCUGAUCGACGAGUUCAUGCAGGCAGUGACAGACAAGUACGGGAUGAACUGUUUGAUACAGUUUGAGGAUUUCGCCAACAGCAACGCCUUCCGUAUCCUCAACAAAUACAGGAAUCGAUACUGUACCUUCAACGACGACAUCCAAGGCACGGCCUCAGUAGCUGUUGCCGGGAUCUUGGGCGCUCUGAAGAUCACCAAGAACAAACUCUUAGACCACACCUUUGUUUUCCAGGGGGCAGGCGAGGCUGCUCUGGGUAUUGCUCACCUGCUUAUAAUGGCCAUGGCCAAAGAAGGAGUGACUAAAGAAGAAGCUGCCAAGAGAAUCUGGAUGGUGGACUCAAAAGGUCUCAUUGUGAAGGGAAGAAGCCAUCUUAACCACGAGAAGGAGGAGUUUGCUCAUGAGCACCCGCACCUGAAGACCCUGGAGGAGGUGGUGCACGUCAUCAAACCCACCGCAAUCAUAGGAGUGGCUGCUAUUGCUGGAGCGUUUACUGAGAAGAUCAUCAAAGACAUGGCGUCCUUCAAUGAGAGGCCAAUCAUCUUUGCCCUGAGUAAUCCUACCAGCAAGGCGGAGUGCACAGCAGAGCAGUGCUACAAGCUCACCAAGGGCCGGGGCAUCUUUGCUAGUGGAAGUCCGUUUAACAAGGUGACGCUGGCUGAUGGACGCACCUUCUACCCCGGCCAGGGAAACAACGCCUAUGUCUUCCCUGGAGUUGCUUUGGGUGUUAUUGCCUGUGGAGUACGCCAUAUAUCUGAUGAUAUCUUCCUCACCACAGCAGAGGCGAUAGCUGACAUGGUAACAGAGGAGCACCUGGCUGAGGGAAGACUCUAUCCUCCCCUCAACACCAUAAGAGAGGUGUCCUUCAAGAUCGCAGUGAAGAUUGUCAACUAUGCAUACAAAAACAACAUCGCUUCACUGUACCCCGAGCCUAAAGACAAAGAGGCGUUUGUGCUGUCUCACAUCUACAGUCCUGAUUACGACUCCUUCACUCUGGACACAUACAGCUGGCCACAGGAGGCCAUGAAGGUCCAGGACGUGUGAUCCUGACCAUCUCUCUCGUUCUCUCUCUAAACUCAAUAUGCUGCCGCGUCGUCACGUACAAUUUCUGCAUUGCCUCCGUUCAGAAACGUUGCCAAUGAUUCUCGCCUUUUAGCUUCUUUGUUCAUUUCUUUCUUUCCUUUUACAAAUGUUAGUAAAUCUCUGCCGCCCUUUCAGAUGGACAGUGGUCAUUAUAAUAUAGAUGCCAAACAAACAUUCUCAAUGACUCUCUAUGACUUCUUGUUGAAAUGUCAAGUUGUUGUUUUUUCCUCUUUGAGUGCUGUACUUUUAGUUGUAUCAAUUCUCUGUACCUGAUUGAAGGGUAAAAUAUUUUAUAGCCGCACAACAGCAUAUCAAAUAUCAUAAGCACGACCUCUAUAAUUUUACGAUUAAACGACACUCCUUUGACUAGAUUUUCCAGCUAAGAUCUCGCAGUGACUUUCAUGAAUCAGAGCUGGUGCAUAAAAAACAAAAAGCAGUGGCUCACAGUAACGCACAAUGCUUUCUCUUUUCUUGACAAAAAUGAACAGAGGAGUCAUUUUGAAGCUUAAGAGAUACAAAUUAGGGCUGCACAAUUAAUCGAAAUAUGGCCAAGUGCAAUAUCCAAAUCGCAGAAGCUGCAGUUUUUUGAUGAAGGUAAAAUGUGUGACAAAACAGCAUUAUAAUGAAGUGUGGGUAGCUAAGAUCAAUGUAGAAGCCACAUCUGGCUCAUCCCUGUAGCUGCUUCUUCAUAUUUUACACUCCUGUCAAUCUGCACGCAGGACUGAAAACACUACAGAAUCAGCUGGUGUUUCUGUUUGUCUGUCUCUGCUUCCCUGUGAGAAUCAGUCAUUUGUGAUGAGAGGCACUACUGUUUUCUUGAAAAUGUUGAGAGAAGGGAUUGUUGGGGCUUUAGUGUCACCAUCAGGAUGUUUUUGUAUACAGUGGAUGUGUUGUCCUUUAGUUUUGUACAGAGCUCUGCCUGUUGUUGUAUUUUUGCCAAAGUUAUUGAUGAACUGUAUCUUUUACUCCUAGAGAACAUGACGCUCUGCAAGCUUUAGUACUGAGAGAUAUGCUUGAAGUUUUCAAAGGGAACAUGACACUUUUUAAAUAAAGUUCUUAAGAAAAUA